UAUAGAUAUUUUUCAUAAAUUUCCUUAAAUUUUGUGGCCUACGAAUUUCCAUAGUUCCGAGCUCGUUCACGGAGUUCGACUAACCAUGGAUUCAGACGAGGAUAAUGUCGAGCAAGGAUCCACAGAGUUAAAAUACCUAGAGUUUCUGAACAAGAUUGUCGCGUUAUUUCUGGCAUUACUGUCGAAUGUGUACACUUUCAUAAAAGAACACAUUGGCAUCUCUGAAAAAACCAUUGCUUCUGUAGAAAGCACCGUAGGUUCUGCUGUCGGGCCGCUGUUCAACAAACUCACGGAUUUUCUUCAAAGUAUUCUUGUGUUUGCUGAUGACAAGAUUGACGAGUAUGCUCCAUCUUCAUUGAAGAGCCUUCUUGGCAAUUUGCAUUCUCAUAUCUCCAAUCCAACAGACACCGCCAACGCCGCAAUAACAAAAACCAAGUCCUUUUUGGGUGGUAUCCCAAUCUUGGGGAAUGUAGUGGGCGGUGUAACAGACUCGAUCUCCAAUACAACCGACGCAGCUCAUCAAUUGAUCGAUAAAACAACUUCUUUAGUCACCGAUAAUCCUCUAUCCCAAGCUCUCAACACGGCGGCUGGCAAAAUGAUGCAGGAAGCUCAAUCAGCAGGGAAAAAAGCAGCAUUGAAAUCAGUUUAUGCAUCGUUGACCCUUCUUGCCGUACCAUUAAUCGCCGAGGUUUGGUAUAAAGCCAACACCAAAGAAUGGUUUAGAAGACUGGCAAAACUGAUUCUCCCACUGAUCGAGAAGUUGUGCAACGCGUACAAUAAUUUAGUCGAGAAGAUGGUAGACAAGGGUUAUAGCUUUUUCGAUUAUCUACCCACGAUACCAAUCAAAGAGAUGGAGGCCGCCUACAAGUUGGUGAAGACAAAGAACGAUAGUUUAGCAGCGGUUGCCGGUGGUAUAGAGGAUGCUGGCGAAAUGGCUUCCAACAUCAUGGGAAAUAUCCCACUCGUGGGAGGUAUAGCAAGCUCGAUCACCGAGACAGCAGACCAUAUGAUCGAUAACACAGCUUCUUUGGUGAUGGACAACCCUCUAUCACAAGCUGUAGAAUCAGCAGCCGAUAAUAUGAUACAGGGAACUGAAGAAUUCGCUACAAAAGCAGCGUUGCAUUCUGUGUACUCGGCGUUAACCCUUCUCAUUUGUCCGGCGAUCGCUGAGAUUUGUUAUAAACUCAGUCGAUACAAACUCAUUAAGGCAUUGGGAAAAGCGAUUCUCCCACUGAUCGAGAAGUUAUGUGAGUGGUACAAUCAAAAGUUGAAAGAUUUGGAUGAACAGGGUUAUAGCUUUUUUGGUUAUUUGCCCAUCAUACCCAUUGAGGAGAUGAAGGUUGCAUACAUGUUGGUGAAGACCGCUAAUGCUGGAUUAGAGACUGUUGGCAGUGGUUUAUCAGCUGUUGGCGAUGUAGUCGGGUUGAACGAUGAUGAAGAUUAAUUAAUACUCGGUUAUCUGCAUAUAUAAAUGAUGGGUUAUCAUGUUAUUUGUACCCUACUACAAUGUGAAGUUCUAUCUAUAUAUGUAAUAUAUUAUAUAUGUAAUAGGACCCUUUAAAAAAGAUUACGGCUGCAGCAGAUUAGAUGCCCAAACCAAUUUAAUCGAUUUGUUUGGCUUAUAUACGAUGCCGAUUGCCGAAUACAUGGUAGCUGUAUCUUACGUACCAUACGAAUUAGAGUAAGGAAGCUAAAUAAAAGAUAUUUGCAUUGUUGGGAGAUAUCUAAAGCUAAAUAAAAGAUAUUUGCAUUGUUAGUGAGAUAUUUAAUUUCUCAUCUAAA